GUCUGAACACACACGCUCCCCCAUCCGGCGCAGAGUGGACGCGGCGCGGCUUAAAUCAUCUGACGUGUUUUGCGCAUUUCCUGAACUGGCGCUCGAGCACAGGGAGGGAGAGAGAGAGAGGGAGACAGAGAGACAGACGGAGAGGGUGAACAGGGAGGAAGACUGCAGUGCAAAGGACUACACGAGCGUGUAGCUCAAAUGGUUUCGCCUUCUCAAAUCAACAAAGAAAAGAAGCGGCUAAAUAUCUCGGCGAGUGGAUGGCAAUAGUCUCCGCGCGGAUCGGCAGCACAUUGGGAGAAGGAGGAAUCCCAAACGCCUCUCCCACUCAACGCCUAUUGGAAAACCAAUAGUACAAGACGAGCUCCGCUGAAGACCAUCACAUUUGGGAUAUCUUCCUCAUUGCUAUUACCGAUAUUUUGUCUCUCGGACUCUCGUUCCUCUCAUUCAGCGCUAUUCCAGACGUACGGAAUUCGAUUGUUUACGUAUGCUUCCCAUUACGUGGAAAGACGGACCGUAAACAAAAACAGCAGCCUCUGGUUUUGCAUAUCGCGUUUUUUGUAUCCUAUUUGAUCGUUCCGUUCAAAUGAGAGAAUCACGUUGAUCCGUGUAGUGGUUUGGGGGAUUAAAUCAUCACCGCAUCCAUCUAUACAUGCAUGUAUACUGAUGACGUGAUGACAUCUACGGGUAUAGCGACCCCCUGAAUCAAAACCUGCUUUUGAAGCCGUCUGUUCUCUCAAAGAAGCCAGCUGCAUCUCGACUGAGCGUCAUCAUGGUGGUUUUUAAUGGAGUGUUGAAGAUCAAGGUUUGUGAGGCUCUGGAUCUGAAGCCCACCGCAUGGUCUCUCCGGCACGCUGUGGGUCCGAAGACCCAGACUUUUCUCCUGGACACCUAUAUCGCCCUCAAUGUGGAUGAUUCCCGUGUGGGCCAAACUUCUACCAAGCAGAAGACUAACAGUCCGGCUUGGAAUGAUGAGUUUGUAACAGAGGUUUAUGAUGGGAAGAAAAUCGAACUGUCUGUCUUUCAUGAUGCGCCCAUCGGUUAUGAUGACUUUGUGGCCAACUGCACUAUACAGUUUGAAGACCUGCUGCAGAAUGGUAGUAGGCACUUUGAAGAUUGGAUUGACCUGGAGCCUGAGGGCAAGGUGUACGUCAUCAUCGAUCUGUCAGGAUCCUCCAGCGAAGCAGCGGCGGCAUCAUCCAAUGAAAAUGAGGAGAGGGUGUUUCGUGAGCGGAUGCGUCCCCGAAAGCGUCAGGGGGCCGUCAGGAGGAGAGUCCAUCAGGUCAACGGGCACAAGUUCAUGGCCACCUACCUGAGACAACCGACCUACUGCUCCCACUGCAGAGAUUUCAUCUGGGGUGUGUUGGGGAAACAGGGGUAUCAGUGUCAGGUUUGUACCUGCGUGGUCCAUAAGAGAUGCCAUGAACUCAUAAUAACAAAAUGUGCUGGCAUGAAGAAACAAGAAGACACUCCUGAAGAGGUCGGCUCUCAGCGCUUCAGUGUAAACAUUCCACACAUGUUCAGCAUUCACAAUUACAAAGUCCCAACCUUCUGCGAUCACUGCGGCUCUUUACUGUGGGGUCUGAUGAGGCAAGGCCUGCAGUGCAAAGCCUGUAAAAUGAAUGUCCAUCGGCGUUGUGAAAGUAAUGUAGCUCCUAGCUGUGGUGUCGAUGCCCGAAAAAUCGCUAAAGUGCUUUCUGAUCUCGGGGUGACGCCAGAUAAAAUCUCCAACAGUACCCAACGCAGGAAAAAGUUGACUCCAGGGCAGGACCCUCAGCAAUCCACAACAGAAGCCCCUUCAUCAGAAGAGUCUGACCGGUGCAAAUCAGCUCCAACCUCACCUUGUGACCAGGAGCUUGCAGAACUAGAGAGUAUCCGUAAGGCCCUUUCUUUCGGUCAGGAGCACAAGUCUUCCUCCUCUUCUUCAUGCAGCGGUGUUCAGAGCACAGAGACUGAGGGCCGGGAGAAUGGAGACCUAAAAACCGUCCAGACAAAGAGGAUGAGCCUCACUGACUUCUCAUUCAUCAAAGUGCUGGGCAAAGGCAGCUUUGGGAAGGUGAUGCUGGCUGAGCUGAAAGGCACAGAUGAAGUUUACGCUGUGAAAGUUUUGAAGAAAGAUGUCAUCCUUCAAGACGAUGAUGUUGACUGCACUUUGACUGAGAAACGCAUUCUGGCCCUGGCUAGAAAGCAUCCCUAUCUCACCCAACUUUUCUGCUGCUUCCAGACAAAGGAUCGCUUGUUCUUUGUUAUGGAGUAUGUGAACGGAGGAGACCUGAUGUUUCAGAUCCAGCGCUCACGGAAGUUCGAUGAAGCUCGCUCUCGUUUUUAUGCAGCUGAGGUCACUUCAGCCCUGAUGUUUCUGCAUCAGCACGGCGUCAUCUACAGAGAUCUGAAGCUGGAUAAUAUUCUGUUGGACGCUGAAGGCCAUUGUAAACUGGCCGACUUUGGCAUGUGCAAAGAGGGUAUUUUGAACGGGGUCACGACCACCACCUUCUGCGGGACACCGGAUUACAUCGCUCCUGAGAUCCUGCAGGAGUUGGAGUACGGCCCAUCAGUGGAUUGGUGGGCUCUGGGUGUUCUGAUGUACGAGAUGAUGGCAGGUCAGCCUCCUUUUGAAGCCGACAAUGAGGACGAUCUGUUCGAGUCCAUCCUCCACGAUGACGUCCUUUAUCCCGUGUGGCUCAGUAAAGAAGCCGUCAGCAUCCUGAAAGCUUUCAUGACGAAGAAUCCCAGUAAGCGUCUGGGCUGUGUGGUGACCCAGGGGCUGGAAGAGGCCAUCAAAGUCCACCCAUUCUUCAGAGAGAUCGACUGGGUCCAGCUGGAACAGAGGAGGAUCAAGCCUCCCUUUAAACCUCGUAUUAAAACCAAGCGUGAUGUGAAUAACUUCGACCAGGACUUUACUCGCGAGGACCCUGUUCUCACACCAGUAGACGACGCCAUCAUCAAACAGAUCAACCAGGAGGAAUUCAAGGGCUUCUCGUACUUCGGAGAAGAGGCUUUGUCUUAAACCCAGACCUAGCGUCUAUCAGCUCAAAUAUAUGUCAAACACACCCACAAAAAAACACUCGACGCAUUGCAAUACAUGAAUACACACUCAUCGGACCAGACCAGAUCAGAAAAAGCCAGUCCCUUGUGAUUCAGUUCUCUUUUACUGCUGUUUGUGUUCCUUUAGUCUCCUUUAUAUCUCAAAAAAAUAAUAAUAAUAAUGGAUUUCAACAACCAAUCAGAAAUAAAACGAAUGUUCUCCAGAGCCCAAGAAAGAAGGGUCUGAACGCGCUACCUUAAACCAAAAUUCGACGAUACCAAUGAUUGUACCAUUUCGGAUACUUUUAAAUGAAAGGUUGUGUGCCCUUGAGGAAGAAUCCACCCUGCAUACGUGACAAUAAGACAUGUGCUGUGCAUUCAAAUGCCUUCUUGUGUAUUCAGGUGACAUUUUGGGAGCAAUUUUAUAAGAUAUACAGAGACAUUUGUAGUAUAUAUAUAUAUAUAAAUAUAUAUAAAUAUAUUCCAUCACAGUGUUAUGAGAGUUCAUUAGGAAUGGUAACCUGCUGUAUAUGGGUUGUGUCGGCCUGAGUAGGUGUGUGUGUGUGUGUGCAUGACAUGUGUGUGUGCAUGUGUUUGCAUGAAUGAGAGCGAGAGGCCCUUGCCCUCCUGAAGCUCUACGUUUGUUUUCAUGUUGUUUCGCAACGGCUUUUCAUUUGCGCUCGAGUGUGUAAAGUGCGUGUGUGUUUUUGCCGUGUGCUGCCGCUAUGCACAAAAAAAGGUGUAGCUGUGGCGAAGAAAGAUGAGCACUCGUUGCUGUCAGGUCAUUUUGUACAGAACAUGUACAUAGUAUUUGCUCCAAAAAGCCUGUGAACGCUUCUUAGGGUAGGCAGUUGUUUGCAUGGUCUUGCGAAACGUGUCGUUAUUGAGUAGCAUCAGUUUACGGAAAGAUUUUAUGAUUAUUUUUUUUAUAUAUAUGUAUCUAUGUGCAAUACCCUGAACACAUUUCUCCCCUCAUAUUAUUAUUAUUAUUAUUAUUAUUAUUUCCUUCUUUUUUGUGUGUGUUUUAUAGGUUAGAGCUUCACCAAAGGCUUUCUCGCUCUCGGUUUCAUGCUCCUCUCUGCCGUUCUCUUGUAUAUAGUUUGCUGAAAGUACAUAAGCUGUGGAAUGUAGUGGAAAACAUGCGUGAGCUUUUAAUUUAUUCGAUAUACAUGUAGCUACGCUUCCCUUUUUUUGUGUCGACGCGUCUUCUUGUGCUUUACUUCAGCCUUCUCUUUUGUGAACCCCUCUUGUAGUUGAAUUAUUGAUUUGUGCAAUGUGAAAGACUUUAAAGGAAGAGGUGGACUAAACGAAAAGGGUACAUUUCAGGCGUACUAAUUAAAACCUUCUGGAAUGUGAUGACUUUUGCUUUAGUGAUUUGAGGAUUUUUUUUCUGUCUAACGUUUUUUAGUUGUUCCACUGCUUUUUUUUUUUAACCGUGUCUGUGGGUUGAUUAUGGUAGCUAGGUCAAUGAUCAUCUUGAAGCCUUUUCUCUCGCAGGCACCUUCCUGUCUGUCGCCCUCACUGUAUUAUGCCAAACGUCUCGUUGAGCUUUAUUUUCUCCCGUCGUUUCCUUUUUUUUUUUAACUGUAAAGGAAUGAACUUGAUAUAUACUGUAGGACACAUCCAUGGUCUGUCUUCAAAGUCAAAACAAAGUAAAUAAACUAAGAAUUACCUCUUAAAUGAAGUGCAAAGAUUUCUCUUGCUGAAUAUUGAAUAUUUGCGCAUACAGUAUUAAAAUACAUAAAUGUUUCAUAUGUAUGAUAGUGCUGUAUUAUAUACAUCUGGUAUUGGACUUUAGUUUCUGUGUGGUGAAGCUUCAUGUGCACAGAGGUAUUUCUUUUUUCUGGAUACACUAAGAGUUAUCUCAUUGUAAGCAUUUUACUAUGUGCCAAAUGUACUGUCAUCUACAGGAUGUGAAUGUUUUGUUUAACCUAUUAAACCCUAAGAUGUAUGAAAAA